CGUGAGCGGUCUGCAUCGUGACGUGCCAUCAGCUGACUGCAGUCCUGAGGAAGAAGAAGAAGAUAAAUCGUCGGUCGACCUUCAUCAGUCGGUGAAUCUUUCCGCUGUUUCCUUCAACAUGGCGAGUCAGUCUCAGGGCAUCCAGCAGCUGCUGCAGGCAGAGAAGAGAGCCGCCGAGAAGGUGGCUGAAGCCCGCAAGCGUAAGAACCGCCGUCUGAAGCAGGCUAAAGAAGAAGCUCAGGCUGAGAUAGAACAGUAUCGUCUGCAGAGAGAGAAAGAGUUCAAGACCAAAGAGGCCGCUGCACUUGGUUCCCAUGGUAACAGCGCGGUGGAGGUGGACAGGGACACGGUCGAGCGGAUGGGUCGUAUCCAGAACAGUUACCGUGGUAACAGGGAGACAGUGUUGGGCGAGCUGCUGCGGCACGUCUGUGACAUCCAGCCAGAGUUUCACGCCAACUACCGUGUGGCUGGCUGAGGGGGCGGAGCCAUUCAUGUAAACAAGCGGUGGAGUUAAGGCGGUAGGGGGCGGGGUAAACAGAGACGUGGAUGUUAGCAACACUAGCUCGGUUAGCUUCUGUCACAGCAAAAACAGUUCCUUUUUAUUUCAAGUUUUUUUGUGGCUGAAACUUAAACAUACAGAGCUUUUAUUUUGAAGUUGCAUUCUUCCUGUUUCCUGCUCCAAAAAUAAAAAAAACAGUAAAUGUUG